GCGUAAUUUAGUGUAAAAUUUGUACUUGGCUCGUGCACGUGCUUAACCAGCGCUCUUAGCUUUUAAAACAACACGGAUUUACUUUUGUUGUUUAUAACAAUAUAACAAUGACGGAAGCCGGUGAUGGUCCAGUGGAGCCAAGCAUAGACUUUGUGCCAGCCCUCUGUUUUGUGCCACGCGGCGUCACCAAAGAGAGACCAGAGAAAAUUGUCCUAACACAGUCAGAGCUUGCGCGAAUUAUUGGCGAAACUCGAGAUCAGUUGCAUGGAGACGAUGAUGAUGAUGACGACGAUGAUGAUGAUGAUGAGAACGAGGAGAACAUGGAUGUUGACCGUGACGAUGGCGCCGCUGCCAGCGCUAACAAUGAUGAUGACGAAUUCAAUUUCGAUAAUUAUGAAAAUGAACAAAACUCAACUGUAACAAAUAUUGCGAAUGUUGUCGACGCCGACGAACAGGUGCCCGAUGAGGAUGAAGAUUCAGAGGCUGAGGAUGAGGUGAUCAAGCCAACAGAUAAUUUGGUGUUAGUCGGGCACGUGCAAGACGACGCAGCCAGCAUGGAAGUCUGGGUGUUCAACCAGGAGGAGCAGGCUCUCUACACACAUCAUGACUUUCUGCUGCCAAGUUUUCCACUUUGCAUCGAGUGGAUGAAUCACGACGCAGGCAGCGACAAGCCAGGCAAUAUGUGCGCCAUCGGCUGCAUGGACCCAAUUAUCACGAUCUGGGAUCUGGAUAUACAGGACUCCAUAGAGCCGACAUUCAAGCUUGGCUCCAAGGGCAAUCGCAAGAAACAGAAGGAACAGUAUGGCCACACAGACGCUGUACUCGACCUAUCGUGGAAUCCCCAGUUCGAGCACAUCCUAGCGAGUGGUUCAGUGGAUCAAACGCUGAUACUUUGGGACAUGGACGAGGGUCAGCCACAUACCAUAAUUACCGCCUUCGAGGAGAAGGUGCAGACCAUAGAAUUCCAUCCAGAGGAAGCGCAGAGCAUACUCACAGGCUGCUCUGAUGGCUUGGUGCGUUUGUUCGACUGUCGCGAUGCUGAGAAUGUGAACACGGCAUUUGUCAAGUGGCAGAUCAGCGGCGAGGUGGAGAAAGUCCUUUGGCAUCCAACAGAAACGAACUACUUCAUCAUUGGCACCAACGAUGGCAGCUUACACUAUGCCGACAAGCGACAGCCCAACAAGCUGCUGUGGUCCGUUAAGGCGCACAACGAGGAGAUCUCUGGCGUCUGCUUCAACAAGGAAAUGCCCAACCUGUUGACCUCCACCUCAACGGAGGGCACGCUCAAAAUCUGGAAUUUCAAUAGCAGCGAACCAAAGCAUGUCUUCGAGCACGAUUUCAAUAUGGGCCGUCUGCAGUGCAUGCGACAGUGUCCAGAAGAUCCCUACACGCUGGCCUUUGGUGGUGAGAAGCCGCCGCGCUGCUCUGUGUUCAAUAUCAAGAAUUUUGAGGCAGUGCGUCGCACCUUUGGCAUACCCGAUGCUGAAUAAAAUGCAAUUGACUUCAAUUAUGUAUAAC